CCCCCUUACCCCUACGCCAUCCCACCCCAUCCCUGCCCCCUUUCUACAUGCUACUGUGUUCACUACUCUAUUGGCGCCUCUUUACCCAAUCCCUCCACCGUCCUCCGCCGUAUAACCAUUUUCUCCUCCACCUCCGCCGCCGCCACUGUUUCUCAUUUACGCCAUCGCCGCCACCACCAAUGGGAAAAGCGGCAAAAAAUUCGGAAGCAAAUUCUAAUACAGCAUUUCCGAAAGACGAAAGUUAUUUGGAAAAUGUUAUUCCUAAACGUAUCGCAAUGUUCGAAUCUAUACAGAAUCAACAACGAAUUCAACGGCUUUCACUCUCACCUGAUCCUAUCAAGAUCGAGUUAUCAGAUGGGAAAAUUAAGGAGGGGAAGAAAUGGAAUACCACACCAUUGGAUAUAGCAAAGGAGAUAUCGAAGAGCUUGGCUUCAAGUGCAUUGAUCGCGAAGGUGAACGGGGUGCUUUGGGAUUUAUUGAGGCCAUUGGAAGGCGAUUGUAAGCUAGAGAUCUUCAAAUUUGACAGUGAUGAGGGCCGCGACACAUUUUGGCACUCGAGUGCUCACAUUCUUGGAGAGUCGUUGGAGAGGACCUUUGGAUGCAAAUUGUGUAUUGGACCUUGUACAACAAGAGGAGAGGGUUUCUAUUAUGAUGCCUUUUAUGGUGAUCUGGGAUUAAACGAGGAUCAUUUUCAACGGAUCAAGGAGGAGGCAGGAAAAGCUGUUUCGGAAAAACAACCUUUUGAACGCAUCGAAGUUUCACGGCAACAAGCUCUUGAUAUGUUCUCGGAUAAUAGAUUUAAGGUUGAAAUCAUUAAGGAUUUACCUGAAGAUAAAACAAUUACAGUAUACAGAUGUGGACCAUUGGUCGAUCUGUGCCGUGGUCCCCAUAUACCGAAUACAUCUUUGGUUAAAGCACUAGCCUGUACAAAGGCUUCAUCAGCAUAUUGGAGAGGGGAUAAGGACCGUGAAAGCUUGCAAAGAGUUUAUGGAAUAUCUUUUCCAGAACAGAAACAGUUGAAGGAAUACCUAGAUAUGCUGGAGGAAGCAAAGAAAUACGAUCACAGAGAGCUGACUAAGAAGCAGGAGCUUUUCUUUUUUCACCCAUUAAGAUUGAAAAGCAAGAAUUUGGGCUGAAGCCAAUGAAUUGCCCAGGUCAUUGUUUGAUAUUUGAUCACAGAGUUCGUUCUUACAGGGAGCUACCACUUCGUCUUGCUGACUUCGGAGUUCUACACAGGAAUGAGGCCAGUGGUGCACUUACUGGCUUAACGCGUGUCAGGAGAUUCCAGCAGGAUGAUGCUCACAUCUUUUGCAGGGAGUCACAGAUUAAGGACGAAGUCAAGGGUGUCUUAGAUUUCAUUAGCUAUGUAUAUAAGAUAUUUGGUUUCACUUUUGACCUGAAGUUAUCAACGAGGCCUGAAAAAUAUCUCGGAGACUUGGAAAGUUGGGAAAAGGCUGAAGCAGCUCUUGCAGAAGCACUGAAAGAGUUCGGGAAGCCUUGGGAGAUCAAUGAAGGAGAUGGAGCAUUUUACGGUCCAAAAAUUGAUAUCACUGUUUCUGAUGCAAUGAAAAGGAAAUUCCAAUGUGCAACCUUGCAGCUUGAUUUCCAACUUCCUCAACGAUUCAACCUAUCAUACUCAGCAGAAGAUGAAAGUAAGAGGGAGAGACCAGUUAUGAUACAUAGAGCUAUACUUGGGUCAGUUGAGCGUAUGUUUGCCAUACUCUUGGAGCAUUACAAGGGGAAAUGGCCGUUCUGGCUUAGUCCACGUCAAGCGAUGGUCUGCCCUGUUUCCGACAAAUCUCUGUCAUAUGCGCUUGAGCUCCGGCAGCGAAUACAUGAUGCUGGUUAUUAUGUUGAUGUUGAUACCAGUGACAGGACAAUCCAGAAAAAGGUACGAGAGGCUCAAAUGGCGCAGUAUAACUAUAUUCUAGUUGUUGGAGAAGCGGAAGUCAGUAGUGGGCAGGUGAGUGUGCGAGUGAGAAGCAAGGCUGAUCAUCAAGUCAUGACAGUCGACAGUCUCCUCACUCACUUCAAAGAUCUGGUCGCAUCAUUUCGGUAGAAUCAUUGUUUCUCUUGCAUUAUACCACUGAAGAAAUCUAGUCCACAAUCAAUGGUUCAAUUCUGUCUUGCAUGUGUGAGAAUGUUAGGCAUGCCAACACGCAUCAGUUUUUUUUUUUGUUCUCCAGCAAUUGAAAGCCAUUUGUAUUACAACCCUAAUAUAGAUUGAGGGAACCUUUGUAUUGUACCCAUAACUUUUUUACCAUUAGGACGGUAAUUGGUCUCAGCUGUAAUUGACAGUUGAAGUAUUGAUUUGUGAGUUUUACACCAAUGUUUAGCAAAAAUGUUCUCAUUGUACUCGA